AAUUCCCGGCAUCUUUCCUGGCCGUUGAGAAGCGAACAAAUCGACAUGGAAUUUAGCGGAAACAGACUGGUUCCGCAUUUCCCUCUUCUCCGCCUCUUCUCCUACUUUGAGCUCCUCUACAACGGAAGAACCCUCCCGCGUUUUGGCCCCCAGCGUUCAAUCAAGAAACUCUUCCCUCUCGUCUUUUUUAGGGUUUUGAUCCAUGGCUUAAUUCGAUUGCCGAAUCCGAUUUCGCAAUUUCUGCUUGCAUUGUUCGUCUGGCCUGGAGGAAACCCUAGACGGAGACUACAUGGGAAGCCUCAAUUUUGAAGCAGACGAUGCAAAGAUGCGAGCGGAAGUAGUUGCAUGGCUGAAUAGUUUGUUCCCGGAGCUGAAAUUGCCGGAGGAGGCCACGGAAUGGGAGCUCAGAGUGCAGUUGUUUGAUGGCUCUGUUCUUAAUGGAAUUCUUAGGAUGUUGAAUGCUGGUGCUGUGGACGAGAUUAGAUACGCUGAUUAUGUUCCUUCUGAGAGGCGCCCAGAAAUUUUGAAGCUGUUCCUCUCUGUCGUCAAUAACUUGGGGUUGCCCAGCUUUCAAGUCUCAGAUUUGGAGAAGGGAAAUUUUUCUGCAGUUUUGGAAUGCCUUCUCGCCAUUCGGAGCCACAUAGAUUCCACAGUUAGGAAAGACAAGGUUUUGAGCCCACUAACUAGGUGCAAGAGCCUGCAAAUUCGGAAGUGGAAGCAUAGGGAAAGCCUGGAUGGUUUAUUAACUGAUGGCAUUCAUGGUGGGCAGAGUUCUCCAGUCUUCGGAGAUGAUAAAAAAUCAAGUUUUGCUGAAAGGAAGUUCCAACAUGCCUCGAGAAGUCUUGUUUCCCCAGAUACAACUAGUCCUUUAUCUCAAUAUGCUGGAAAUAAACUUCAUGAGGUUUUCCAGCUAAAACGUGGGCAGUUUUCUGAACUUCCUUCUGCUAAGAUUUCCGAAAUCUUGAAACUGAACACUUUAGAUAUUGCUCCAACACAAUUACUUUUGAGUGUUGCCAAUGAGAUGCUUGAUGAAAGCAUUGAGAAAAAAAAUGGGGAAUUACAUCAGCGUGUGGCGUGCUUGUUGAAAAAGGUUUUGCAAGAAAUCGAAAGGCGUGUUACAACUCAAGCUGGGCAUAUCAUACAUCAAAGUAAUAUGAUGAAAGCGCGUGAGGAGAAGUAUCUAUCAAGGAUCAAAGUGCUUGAGACACUCGCUAAGGGAACGAAUGAAGAAACACGGAUUACUGCAAACCAGGUCCAGCUCCUACAGGCAGAUAAGAAAAAAUUUGUGGAGCAAAAGAGACUCGGGGAGGAAGAAGUAUUUAGGCUGAUGAAGGAGAAAGAAAAUAGUGAUAGCAUGAUUUCAGAACUUAAGCUGGCUAUAGAAUCGACCAAGAAUUCAUAUGAACAAAAAUAUCAGAGCCUAGAAACUGAAGCCAAUCGAACUAAGUUUGAGCUAGAAAAGAAAAUAAAGGAGGUUGAAGCCCUUUUAGAAGAGUCAAGGAGGAGGUCAAAGGAACUGGAGGUUUAUUCAGAAUCAAAGUGUCAAAACUGGAACCAGAAGGAGCACAUCUUCAACAAUUUAAUGUGUUUAGAAUUGCAAUCGUUGCAGGUCUUGAGGACGUCUUCUCAAUCAAUAAAAGAAGAAGUUAUAGAUGUGCAAGAAAGAUGGAGAGAAGAAAUUGCAAAGUUUGGGAUAAAGUUGAAAGUACUAACAAAGGCUGCUGAAAAUUAUCACACUAUUUUCUUAGAGAAUAUAAAAUUGUACAAUGAGGUUCAAGAAUUGAAAGGUAAUAUCCGAGUCUAUUGUCGGAUAAGGCCUUUACUUUCUGGAGAAGAUACGAAGUCUACAGUCAUCGACAAUAUCGGUGAGAAUGGCGAGCUUGCUAUUGUAAAUCCAUCCAAACAAGGAAAGGAUGGACAAAAAAUGUUCAAAUUCGAUAGGGUCUUUGGUCCAGCUGCUACCCAAGAGGAAGUGUUCUCAGAUAUUCAGCCUUUAGUGCGAUCAGUUCUUGAUGGAUACAAUGUCUGUAUCUUUGCAUAUGGACAAACUGGAUCAGGCAAAACAUACACAAUGAGUGGGCCCGAUUCACCAUCGAAAGAAGAAUGGGGAGUCAAUUAUCGAGCUUUGAAUGAUCUUUUUCAUAUAUCUCGAAGUAGAAGAAGUACUGUAGAAUAUGAAGUUGGUGUGCAGAUGAUUGAGAUAUAUAAUGAACAAGUUCGUGAUCUACUUUCCAAUGAUGCUUCACAAAAGAGACAUGGGAUUGUGAGUAGAUCUCAAGCUAGUGGACUUGCUAUCCCUGAUGCAAGCAUGCACUCCGUUGAUUCAACCUCUGAUGUGCUGAAACUGAUGCAGAUUGGACAAGCUAACAGGGCUAUAAGUGCCACUGCUCUAAAUCAAAGUAGCAGCCGUUCACAUAGUGUUGUAACCGUUCAUGUCCGAGGUAGUGAUUUGAAGGCUGGAACAACUCUGUUUGGAUCCCUUCAUCUCAUAGACCUUGCUGGGAGUGAGAGAGUUGAACGCUCUGAAGUGACUGGAGAUAGGCUCAAGGAAACUCAGCAUAUUAACAAAUCCUUGUCGGCUCUAGGCGACGUCAUAUUUGCUCUGUCCCAGAAAAGUGUUCAUAUUCCAUACAGAAAUAGCAAGCUCACUCAAGUCUUACAAAGCUCCUUGGGUGGCCAUGCAAAAACACUUAUGUUUGUGCAGAUAAAUCCAGAUGUAAAGUCAUAUUCAGAGAGUUUAAGUGCCUUGAAAUUUGCUGAAAGAGUGUCUGGAGUAGAGUUAGGUGCUGCUUGUAGUAACAAAGAGAGCAAAGAUGUCAAGAAUUUGACUGAACAGGUAGCAUUGCUUAAAGAAGCCAAUGCAAGGAAAGAUAAGGAGAUUGAAAAGCUGCAAAUGCUCAGGGAAACCGGAACAUUCUCUUCUGGUGUAAACCAUGUAAAACAUGGUAAUUUUGUUUUGAGGCACUCAUCCUUCUCUCCUGAAAUGUCCUCAAAAGAUUUGACUUCCCAACAAGGCCUGGGAUUAUCAGUUCAAAGGAUCGUCAGAUCUAAUAAUGAAGCUUCUUUAGAUUCUGAUAACUCAGACAACAGCGACAGACAUUCUGAAAUAAGUUCGCAGCACUCUGUGGAUGACAAGCACAAGAGGGAAAGCUUGUGUCACUCAAAGCAUUCUGGUGAAGAACCUGGUUUGAGUUGUCCGGCAGAUUUUCAGAUUGUGGCAGUCAAUGGUGUAGAUUCAGAAGAAGGAUUAAGUGAUGCAUAUAAUGGCUGUCUUUUGGAAACCAGUGGGUUAGUUAGUGCUAUUGAGUUCUCUCACCUCCCUGAGCAGAACAGGCUAAUCAAUGGUAAUGGUACAAAAGAAAAGAUGUCCAGAGUUAAAUCAAGUGUAGCUAAGCCAUUGCAACCAAAGAUUGCACAGGAAACUGUGAUCCAUUCAAAAUUGAAGGAUUCUUUGAAAUCUCCAACCUCUCUUGCUACAAAAGGUGCUUUGAAGCCUAUAAAUUCUAAAGAUGGCUUGAAAUCUCCAAGCUUAAAGAGCAACACUAACAGCCAAGCAACUUUAUCAUCAGCAAAGCCCCUCUCAAAGCGCUGGCAGUAGUGAAAAGUGCUUUUGGCAUGAAAUUCUCUUAUUUUUAUUGUGAAUUACAAUUUUGCAGAAGUUUCAAAACAUCAACAUUAAAGUAAGCCUCUGUCCAACAUUUUGGUGUAGCCAACAGAGCUUCUAUGACUCAUCUGAUGCUGAAGAUAUUUUAUAUUUCUCAUAUAGAUAGUUUCUUCAAUUUGUUGAGUGAUGCCCCUUAGGGUGUGGCAAUCUUGUAAUAUUAGUAUACAUUAUUUGAUUCAUUUCUAUAUGUUUUUUAUUUGCUAAAAAUAAUUAUUUGUUGAACUCAUUUGAAAGGAGCUUUAUCAUGUUUGAAAUAUAGGGAUUUUUAAAGGAGCU